AUGGAUAAUAGUUUGGAUAAAUUAUUUUCUAAGCAAGAAAGGCUUUAUAAGGAAAUAAUUGAAGCAAGCUGUUUUUAUGUAAAGAAACUUAAUGAAUGGAUAGGUGAUAAGCAUGUCAAAAAAUUAAAAUUAAAGAAAGACGAUAUUGAUUUAACUCCUAAAUUACUAAUAAAUAGGGCACAAUCAAAGGCUAGCCGAUGUAGAGUGUGUGGACUGGGUAUUGAAAAAAAAAGUUUAAGAAUAGGAUAUCCAUCCAAAGACCCUAGAGGGAAUUAUGGAUACAUUAGUUGUUGGGUUCAUUUAGAUUGUAGUAAAAAAAUACUAUAUGCUGUUUUAUAUGUUGAAGAAAAUAAGGAAUGUUUAAAAAAAUAUUUAAUAGAUAGCGAAGAAAUUACAUGUACAAGUGAUCAUAAUAGUUAUGAACAGUUCAUACAUAAAAAUAUAAAAUGGGAAUUAUUUUUUGGGCAUUAUGAUGAGCUAGACGAUGAAGAAAAAGAAAAACUAAAAGAGAUAACUAAACCAUAUGAUGCAAAAGAUUAUGAACAUGGAAAAAAUAGUUUUGAGAUAUUUGUAAAGAAAGAAAAAGAUACAGUAUUUUCAAAUAAUUUGAUGAAAACUGAAAAAAAACAAAUAAUUAAUUAUGAAUUAAAUGUACCAAAGGAACUUAAAUUUGAAUUAUUAAAAUACCAAAAAGAAGGUGUAUCAUGGAUGAUAAAUCAGGAAAAUUCAAAACAUAAAGGAGGUAUACUAGCGGAUGAAAUGGGUAUGGGAAAAACAAUACAAGCGAUAACAUUAAUCUUGUGUCAAAAAAUAAAUAGAAUGAAAUGUAGCGAAGUAAAUAUAAAGGAAAUAGAAGAAAAAAUAAAGGAGGAAAAAACCGAAGUUUGUGUAAAACUGGAACAAACUAAUAUGACUACCUAUACUAGUAAUAUGGAUGAUAAUUCCAACUUGAUAAAAAAUGAAGUCAAAGUAAAAGACGAAGACUCAGAGAAAAGCAUUAUUUUGAUUGAAAGUGAUGAUAAUAAAUGUUUUGGAAUGAAAAGAAAAUCAAAAUAUUUUAUUAAAUCUGAAAAAGAAAAAAAGAGUAAAAAGGGGAAUAGUAAGAAUAAUAAGACAGGAAAGAGUUUUAAAAAUAAUGGUUCGGAAAAAGUAUUACAUGGUCAGACAUUAAUAAUAGCACCUAUUGCAGCUGUAAUGCAAUGGAAAUCAGAAAUAGAGAAAUUUGUUGAAAAAGAUUUUUUAAAAGUUUAUAUAUAUCAUGGUAGUAAUAAAAAAAUAUCUUCAAAAGAAUUAUUGGAAUAUGAUGUUGUUAUAACAUCAUAUGCUAUGGUAGAAAUUAAUUUUCGAAAAAUUAUAAAUAAACAUAAAAUAGCAUGUGAAUAUUGUGGUAGAUUAUAUUUACCAUCAACUUUAAUUAUACAUCAAAAAUAUUUUUGUGGACCUAAUGCUGUUAGAACUGAAAAAUUAAAAAAAAGAAAAAAAAAAAAUAAAGAUACAGCACUUGUUGCUAUGAAAAAAUUUGACGAUCAUUUUGUACCUACCCCAAAAAAUGUUUUUUUAGAAAUUCUAAAUGAAAAUAAAGAAAAUGUAAAAGAUGAUAAAGAGAUAAAGGUGAAAUCACGAAAAGGGAAAGAAAAAUUAGAAAAAAAAAACACAAAAAAAAAUGUACCAUUUGAAGAGGAUGAAGUUAUAGUAUUAAGUUCUAGAGAAUCGGAAAGUGAUAGUUCUGAAUCAAAGAAAUCGAUUUUUUCUCCUUUGCUUCGUAAAACAUCAAGUAGAGUAAUCGAUUUAUGUAAUGUAGGUUUUGAGAAAGAAGCAAUUGAAAAAAGUAUUGAAGAUAUAUAUAAAAAAAAAAAAAAAAAUGUACAAUGGAAUAUAGUUAUAAAAUAUGUAUUAGCAAAUCAUUUAUAUAGUAUAGAUAUGAAUGAUAAAUGUAAAGAUGUUUUAGUAGAAAUAUAUUUAAGUAAUAAUAAUUUAGAGGAUCAUGAACUUAAAAGUUUAAAUAUGGGAGAAUUGAAAGUAUUAUUAAUAACUAUGGGUAAGCAUGUAUUUGGAACUAAAAUCGAAUUAAUAAAUCGUGUGUUAGUAUCUGCUAAAUAUAUAAGACAAGAAAUAGAAGAAGAAAUGAAAAAGCUUGAAGAUAAUAAUAAAAAAAAGGGGGGAAAAAAUAGCAAAACUACGACUAAAAAAGGUGCUAAAAGAAGUUCUAUUGAGUUAAAUAGCCAUAGUGACGCAAAUUAUGAGCAUACUAGUAGUAAAAUUAAAAGGGAAGAUAGUGACGAUACAUUGACAAAGGAUACUGGGAGAAGUAAUCGUAAAAGACGUAGCACAGUUGGUAGUUGUACAGUUGCAAAAAGAGAAAACAGUAAUGAAAUGAAUAAAAAAGUUAAAAAAGAACAACAAAAUAGUAACAAAAAAAGGAAAAGAUGUAAUAGUGAAAGUAGUAAUGAUGAGGACUUUUCUCCUAGAUCAUCUCCGAGAUUGGCAACUAAAUCAUCUAGCGGUGUAUCCUCUAAAAGGUCACCAAGAUUGGCAUCAAAGUCGUCUGGUGGCUUAUCCUCUAAAGGGUCACCAAGAUUGGCAACCAAAUCAUCUAGAGGUGCAUCCUCUAAAAGGACAUCUAAAUUGGCAAUAAAAUCGUCUGAUGAUUCUUCAGUGAAUUAUUUGGGUAGUCAAAGUGGGGAAUCUAGUGAAAGUUUUUAUGACGACAGUGAAAAUAGUAGUGAUACUGUUAUGUCAUAUGAUUCGAUAAUUAUUGAAAAAAAUAAAAUAAAAAAUAAGAAUAAAAAGAUGAAAAGAAAAGGAUCUGAUAUAUUUGAUGAAAGUUUAUUACAUUUAAUAGAAUGGAAUAGAAUAAUAUUAGAUGAAGCCCAUAGAAUAAAAAAUAGGAUAGCAUCAACAAGUCAAUCAAUUUUUAAUUUAAAAUGUUCAGGUUAUAGAUGGUGUUUAACUGGAACACCAUUACAAAAUAGGAUUGGUGAAUUAUACAGUUUAAUACGUUUUUUAGAAUUUUAUCCAUAUGCUUAUUAUUUUUGUUCUAAAAAAGAUUGUAAAUGUUCUUUAAUAAAUUUUGAAAUGAAAGAUAAUAAAUAUUGUACUAUUUGUGAUCAUACAAGAAUGUGUCAUUUUAAUUAUUUUAAUAAGAGGAUAUUAAAACCUAUACAAUCAUUUGGAUAUAAUGGGGAAGGAGUAAAUAGUAUGUUUUAUCUUAAAAAUGAAAUAUUAGAUGAGAUAUUACUUAGAAGAACAAAAGGUGAAAGAGAAAAAGAUAUAAAAUUAAAACCAUUAAUAGUUAGUAUUCGUAAAGAUAAAUUAUCUAAUGAAGAGAAAGAUUUUUAUGAAUCAUUAUAUAAAAAAACAACAACCCAAUUUGAUAAAUAUGUUAAAUCAAAUACAGUUUUACAUAAUUAUGCACAUAUUUUUGAUUUAUUAAGUAGAUUAAGACAAGCUGCUGAUCAUCCAUAUUUAAUUCUUUUUGGUAAUACAUUUUUAAGUGAUCCAUCUGGUAAAUUUAUAAAAAAAAAUUCUGCAAUAAUUCCAGCUAUUUCAAAUGAUUUUGUAUGUGGAAUAUGUUUGGAAAAUGUGCCACGAAAAAAUAAUGUUAAUACAAAAUGUAAUCAUCAUUUUCAUAAAGAUUGUUUAAAACAAUAUAUAGAAAGUUUUGAAUUAGAAAAUAAAGGUACUGAAGGUGAUGAAAAUUUUGGUAUAAAAAAAUAUAAUACAUAUAAUAUUGUAAGUAAUUGUUCAGAUACUGAAAAAUGUGAUAAUACAAAUAUGAUUGUAUUUGGAAAUGAAGAUAAUAAUGAAGGGAAAAAUAAUUCUGAAUUAAAUAGAAAUUAUAAAUCUCUUUCUGUUGUUAAAUUUAAAGAUCGAGAAAAUUCUCAAUUUGUUAGUAUAACAAACAACAUUGAAAAUAUAAAAGAUCAUCCAUUAGGUUGUCCAGUAUGUUAUGUUCCAUUAACUGUUGAUUUUAAUGCAUUUGCAAAUGAAGAAGAUAAAAUAGAUGACGAAGAAAUUAUUGUAUGUAAGGAAGAAGUUACUCAUAUUAAUAAAAGUUUUAUAAAUAGAAUUAAUACUGAUGAAUAUCAAACUAGUACAAAGAUUGAAGCUAUAUUUGAGGAAGUUCGAAAUGUUAUAAAUAAUACUGAUGAUAAAUGUUUAAUAUUUUCACAAUAUUGUUCUAUGUUAGAUUUAAUAGAAUAUCAUUUAAAAAAAAAUAAUAUUAUAUGUUCAAAAUUAUUAGGAUAUAUGUCAAUGGUUUCAAGAAAUAAUAUUUUAUAUAAUUUUAAUAAUGAUAAGCAAUUAAGAGUAUUACUUAUAAGUUUAAAAGCAGGAGGAGAGGGAUUAAAUUUACAGGUCGCCAAUAGAAUUUUUAUUGUUGAUCCUUGGUGGAACCCCGCUGCAGAAUUACAAGCUAUUCAACGAGCUCAUCGUAUAGGACAAACAAAAACUGUUUAUGCUAUUCGGUUUAUUAUUGAAAAUACUGUUGAAGAAAAGAUUAUCCAAUUGCAAAAUAAAAAGCAGUUAGUAUUUGAUUGUACUAUUGGAAAUUCAGGAAGUGCCAUGCAAAAAUUAACAAAGGAAGAUUUGGCCUUUUUAUUCCAUGCAUGA